CUUGAUCUUGUUUCUUACAAAUAAACCUCGAUGAACUCAUUUGAUUCCCAUCCUUUAGGAGGACCGCAGGAGCUCAUACUGAAAGAACAAUGACAAGCACUGUCCAACAACUGCGGGUAAGCUUCGCCCGUAUGGACGAUGAGAAUAUAGAACCUGGCAGCCUAAAGACGCAUCGGAUCCCCAUACAGAAGGGCCAAUCCUUCAAAGAGAAGAAAGGAGGAAUCAAGUGGCUUGUAAGAGAGAUAUCCGGCCUUAUGAUGAGUACAUCCUCAGGUCAUGAAUCAAGUGACGAUGGUGAGUUUGAAGCUGCUGUGGCAGCAGCUGCUUAUGCCAUAACAAUGCUAGAAGAAUAUGGCUCAAAAAGCCACAGAUCUAGCGAAGGAAUCGAAAUCACGUCAUUAAAACAUAGGAACAGAAAAGAAGAUAGCACAACCAGGCCCAUACAGCCUGGUGGUCUGUCUGGAAGACUUUCACAGAAGGCAUCCAAAGAAGAUAAACCACCAAUAGGUGAUUUGAGCACCACUAGUGCCUCACAGCCUGGUGGCCUCUUCAAAAUAGAUUCUGGGAAGGCAACAAAAGAAGACGAGCAAUCUACAGGCGCUUUGAGCACAACUGCCUUGCAGCCUGGUGGCCUGCUUAGGAGACUUUCGUGGAAGGCAGACAAACAACCUGAAGAGGAAGAUGAAACAAGAAGACCAGAAAUUGUGACACAUGGGAUGAGACCUCCAAUCCCGACCGUUCAGAAAGCUCCAAUCUUCUCAGAGACAAGAAAGGAUCCUAAUGAGAUCAGCAAUGUGAAGCCCACAAAUGCAGUGGCUGCAGAGUUCGUGAAGAAGAGAAAUGAAAUGCCAUAUUCUAGCGAAAAAGAACACAAGGCUGCUUCUUGGGAGAAAGCAAAGUUGGCUGAUAUAAAGAAUAGGUAUGAAAAAGUCCUUGAGACAAUUCGCUUAUGGGAGGAUGAAAAGAAAAAGAAGGCAAAAUCAAAACUCGAAAAAAGACAGGGAGAAUUAGAACGGAAAAGAGAAAGAGCCAUUACAGAAUACCGCAGGCAGAUGAGCAUGAUCAAUAAGAUUGCUAGCGGUGCACGUUUUCAGGCAGAGGAGAGGAGGCAAAAUGAGGAAAUUAAUGCAAAUAAAAAAGCCAACAAAAUCAGAUCAACAGGAGAGUUUCCACGGGCAUGUUUCUGCUUCUGAAAAUUAAUUGCUGCUUCAUUGUAACCAGUAGGUUUAAUGACAGAUACUCAUUCACCUCAUGACAAUUUGACCAUACGGUAAUGAAGUCUUUUAGCAA